AUGGCAGCCGACUCCCAAGUUUUGAGAGCUCUAGGCCAGGAGGGCUCAGUUUCGGAGAUUGAUGCCGUUUUGGAAAGAUCCUGCAUGAUGCAUCGGUUCAGCCGUGUGGUGCACGUGUUUGAUGAUUCAAAGGCUAGAUUCCUUUGUGGGAGGAUCUCGUCCGCAAAUUACGAGCGACUUGAUCCGUAUGUCCCAGUGGCAGUCGUAGAGGGCAACAUGAGCGCUUCGACCCUUGACUCAGAAGCAGCUUUCCAGGCUGGGGCUAAGGAGCUCGGGCUGAAGGCGGAGGUCCUGCAGAAGCUCAAGGACGGGAACAUCAAAACAUUUGGAAGCCUGGCCUUCGCUUCCCCGUACCAAGUUGGGCAGCCGGAUGAGUCCCCUUUGAUCGAUGCCCUCACGGCCAUCUUGGGUCGCGCGCCGAGCGUUCAGGAGCUGGUCCCGCUGCGGCGUCUCUGGUUUGAGGCGAGUACAUCAGCCAUGGCCGAGCUCAAGCUCAAGGUGGAGCGAUCGGAUGCGACGGAGCCGAUGCGGUCGCCCAUUGCAGAGGGGACCUCUCGGCUGGCUGAUCAGAAGGCCAGGUUAACUGGGGUGUCAAUCACCCCGGAGUUGGAGCCCAGUCACAAGCUAGUUGACAUUGUUUGUCAGAUGUCUUUGGAUCAACAGUUGAGUUGGAUUCCGUGGGAGCGCCUCACUUCGCGGGCUUCGGAGGUAAUGGCGGCGCCAAAGGCUGACCUCAACAUCACCUUCGAUCCUUCUGGAGCCCUCAAGUUGCAGAAGAAGUUCUUUGAUGGUAUGUGCUCCCUCACCGGAGACCUCCAGGUCCGCCAAGCUCUGCUACGGCGCUCAUUGGCUUUCGACCAAGCUAAGUUGUGCUCGUACCUUGCGAUGGAGAAGUACCAUGAUGAGCUCUUCCAGGCAAUGUGCCGUGAUCCACCCCCGAAUUGCUUAUGGAUUUCCAUGGCCCAGGUCAGGGAGGCCGACAAACAACUUUUCAUGCGAAUCUCUGAGCUCACCAAGGGCGAGUUGUCUUUGCGGCCGGACGGGUCGAUGCCUUUCGAGAUGCAUUUGGAGAAGGUCAAGGGCUCCGCCCACAUCCAAUUCUUCAUGAUCCCUCAGCCGCGUCCAACGCGUCCAGGCCCUUACAAUGCUCCGUGGACAGCGCCUUCCAAGGGUCCGGGGAAGGGCAACGGCAAGGGAAAGAAGGGCGAAGGUAAACAAGGGGGGAAGCAGGAUCCCAAUAAGCCUGCCAUUGACAUUCCUGAGGGUUGUAGCGCGAAGGAGCCGACAUCCGGCAAGCCCAUUUGCUUCCCUUUCAACCGUGAUGGCUGCCGCUUUGCUAAGGCUGGCAAGAGGUGGAGGCGAGGCCUUCACAUUUGCUCCGGUGCUUCAAGGAGCAUCCCUUUACGCAGUGCUCUCUGGGUGGUGCCUGCAUCGAGGGGCAGAAGCGGCGCCGAAUGA